ACUUUCUGCAGGGUGGCGGCUAAAGAGUUGUCUCUGUUGUCGCCACAACUUGCCCAGGCUAAUGUCAGACUUAUUGGCAUUGGGCUGGAGGAAAUUGGAGUAGAAGAGUUCAUAGCCGGCAAGUUCUUUGUAGGGGAAUUGUACAUUGACUCGGAUAAGAAAAGUUUUAAAGAUCUCAACUACAAGAAGCUUAGUGUUCUUGGCUUAAUCCCAGCACUUCUGGCAAGAGUGGCAAGAGAUGCAAUAAGAAAGGGAAAGGAAUGGGCAGUUGGAGGGAACAUGAAAGGCGAUGGGUUACAGAAUGGAGGGCUCAUUGUUGUGGGUCCAAAAGGAGAAAAGGUUCUCUACGAGUUCAAACAAGAUAACCCUGCUGACCAUGCUGAAAAUUCUGCAAUUGCCAAGGCCCUGGGAUUGGAAUUUAGUGAAUCCCCUGUGGAAGCCAGUAAAGCACAAGAUGGCACUAGUGUAACUGACCUGGAAUGUGAGGAGGUUUGUGCCAUGCCACCCAAAAAAUAAUUACUAUAAUGUAAGUGUCCUUGAAUGUUCCUAUGUAUCAUUGGCAUCUAUGUACUUUUAUGUUAAUAGCAUUCUGUUGGAUGUAACCUUAAAUAAGUGUACAGUAUGUUAUAUAUUUGUGGAAGAAUCGAUGUCGAUGGUGGGUUUUUGCCUUAACCCAUUAAUCUUUUGUACAUUUCAGAAGCUUAUUAUUUUUAUUGCCAAGAAAUAUAAUUUAAAUGACUAACCACUUUUAGAAACAAAAUACAAUACCUCACUCGUUGACAUUUAUGUACUGUAUAAAUAACAUUUCCCUACAUAUAUACAAAAUGCCUUCUAUAGCCAAUGUGUAAUUUGAAAAUUUUAAGUGUUGCAAAUAUAUACUUGGCCUUCACCCAAACGAAUGUUAAUAUUUGGCUUAGAUUAGAACAUUAUAUAUUUUCCAGAUUCAUUGCAUACUUCUAAGUCUUAAAAUAAUUGGCCUAUGCAUGUUGUGAUAUGACACAAGUUGUACUAGUCAUCUGUGCAUAGUUUGUCAAUGUUUGAGGAAUAAAUACAUGGGUGAAAGUAUCUGGAUUAAGCAGCAUUAUCCAUUAAUCUUUUGUGGCAUAUUUGAUGCUAUUAUUGAAGGCAUUCAUCAUUGUUAGCUGUGAUGUGUAAUGUUGUACAAAGGAAUACCUUCUCAAAUCUGGGCGUUCGUGAAUUGUCUUUCAUUAAUGUUUUGUCGUAGAUGGUCAGUGGCUAUUAACAGCUAGUUUUUUAAACUAUUAAUAUACUUGGAACGAGUAUAAAGAAAUGGUCACAAUUAAAUGCUCUAUGCCAACAGUACUUAAUUUGUUUUAAUACAUUAAUAAUUGUGUGUAGUAAUUAGAUAACUGAUUUUUCUAUGCUUUUUAUACCUGAAUGCUGUGGCAAGGUAAUAACUCAUUAAUUCUUAUUGCAGAUGUUAACUUUUAACCAGUGUUGGUCUUAAUGUACUCCAUUGUGCCAUAGUGUCGUUGCCUUAAGGGUAGCAUUAAUGUAGUCAUACAAAUUUUUUGUGCUAAGAAAAUGCCUUGUAUAAUUUGGACUCUUACUGCUUUUAACUUUAUUUGUAACACCUGCUCAUUGUGCCUGAAAGGUGCAGCUGGGUUGCAUAGCCUUUUUUCAUUUCUUCUUGAUGUUGAAUUUAAAUACUUGUUAAUUCUGGAUCAUUUUCAUGGAAAAAGCAAAUGGUUGAAUAUAGUUUAUUAACUUUAAAAAGUAAUCACAGUUGUGGAUAAAUUACAUUUACUACUUUUUCUAAAUUACAUUUAGACAUAUUUUCUAAAUUAGUCGGGGGAACCUAUUUACAGUCUUAGCAAAGGGGAAAUUCAUGAAAUUGGCACUUGGGGUGUGGUGCAGUAGUUGCCAUUUGUUGCAUGUUGGGGUAAUGCACUGAAUCUAUUUUUAUUUUUUAAAGAUUCAGAAAAUGUAGUGAAUUCUUUACAAUCCAAUUGUAAGAAUUAUGCAUACAUGCUUGUUUGUGUUUAUAUAUGGGUGUACUGCGUCUGUGAUAAUGCCAUAGAGAGGAAUGAUUGCAUUUGGCUGUUCUUAUCGAGCCAAGAUAAAGGCAUUCAAAAUUAUAAUGAACACAUGAUAGUUUCACACUGGGAGGGGGGGGGGGGAUUGCAAAAUAUAGGCAUCUUAAGUUGCAUUAUUAAUAUUGAGUCUUGAUGAAGCAUGUUAGUCAUGUGUAAUUUUGUCAUUUGUUCAGGUAAAUAUAGUUAUUGGCUGUUGAUACUUCAGUAGAUUUAUACAUAAAAUGUUCUUUGGCUGGAUUUCAAGGAAUAGUCCAUUCCUUGAAAUUCAGCAAUUAUUCGACAACAGGUUUAACAAAACCUGUUCACAAUAAACUCGCAAUCCUUCCAUUCAAAUGUGCUAGGCUUAUGUUUUGUUAGAAAAUCCGAGAUUUAAGUGUUUUGGUAUGUGUGUGAUAGUCUGCCAAUUACAUGAAAUAACAGGUGAUGUUUUUAUUAAUUUUCCUGUAAAGUACUUCUUCAGUGGUGAUAUUUACUUGCCCUUAAAUAGCUUAUGUUUAUGAAAUCUUGUUAUAAAAUGUUUCAACAGGUUACAAGAUGGAGGUUUUUUUUAUAAGCUUUUGUGUGGCAAGUAAAUGUAUCUUGACUAUUACUGGUUGUAAUUACUAAUUACUGGAAGAAUAAAUGUGGUUGUAUUAAAA